CUCAUAUAAAGAUGAUUGUAUUAUUAUAGUAUGUAUGCAUUGUAUCUCUUUCAUUUGGUACAGGUAGAGUUCAAAGUGCUAAAAUAUAAUUAAUUUAACUGUUGCGGAAUUACGCAGUGCUCACAAUCUUAAAAUAUGUAUUUUAAAUUUACGAUGUUUUGGUUUAUGUUAAAUAUAUUUUUAAUGAUUUCCGCUAUUUCCCAGGUUCGUGGAUCAAAUAAAAAUUCAACAAAAAUUUCACAUAGUCUUCACAAAGCGAAAAACGAACCAAGUGUAUUGAUCCUACAGGAUGGUAAGGGUAAUACGUACAAGUAUAUUUACCCAAAUGAUAUGGACCAAUUUUCUAAGAUGAGUACUCUCGGUAAUAAAAAUUCUUCUACGGUGAUACACUUACCACCGGGAAUAUUGAAAUCCGAAAACGCUUCUUGUGAUACAAGUGAUAGUCCUGUAGAUCAUUCGUACGUAAGGAUAGUAAAUUCUACAAAUUCUGAGGGACCACGGACCACUAACCCAAAAAACGCAAUCACUGAACAUAAACAAUCUUUACCUGGCUCUAAGGUUGAUCCUAUAGUGGCUUUUGUAAUGCCAAAGCUCCCAGGAGGAGAACCGUGUGAAGAAGAAAAUACUGCCGCUUCGAUAAAUGAAAACGAAUCAACUGAGACUACCACUAUAAAAGAUUGUAAGACAGAAAAAGAAGAGGAUGGGAAUGAUGCAGAUGACAGUACAGUCAUCAAAUCAACGUAUGGUAAUAAUUAUCCGAAAGAUGAUUCAAAUAAUGCCCAAAUUUUAUCUCAAAUAAAUAAUGUAAAAUACCGCGAGAGCUCAAACAAUCAACAGAAUUCGCAAAAAUCGUGUGACGCCCGUAACGGCUUAAUAUUAUUGGUCGAAAAUGAUAUUAAAUUAAAACUUUUUUUAAAUUCUAACGGAAUAUUGGAUAAGUUGUCUCUGGUGAACAGUAGCAAAAAUUCAACGAUAAAAUCAAUGAACGAACUUUCCUCCGAAGAUGACGUCACAUCUGAAUAGGUGUCGGAGAAUGAUAAAAUAUUUUAUUAAAACGCUGAUAGUAGCAAACUUGCAUUACGUAUUAUCAUUUUAAGUGUAACAAAGAAUCUUAGAUCAAAAUGUAGACUUACGUUCAAAAAUUAAUAACAAAAAAAGUAUUAUGUAUCGAUAAAAUAUAUUGUACCUAUAUAUAUAUGUGUAAUAUAAUAUUAAGAAUUAUUUGAAUGUAAAAUGUUGUAGUCGGUAUAUUAUAUAUUUAUGGGUAUUUUUUAGAAUCAAUAAAAUAUUAUAAUAAUAUAUUAUUUAAUUUUGUAUUGCGUAAUGAGUUAUCACUUCGUAUACGUAGUACGUAUAUUGUUUAAGAUUGUUCCAAAGUAAAAAAAAAUAU